AUGGCCGAACCUACUGACCUACGAAUGCCCGAGGUUGGCUUGCAAAGUGCAGAGCACGAAGAAUUACUGAAUAUCAUCGACACUCUUCGCUCACAAGGAAUCAGCCGCUAUGUUGACUUACCACAACUCAUCGUCUGCGGAGAUCAGAGCAGUGGAAAAUCCAACGUUCUCGGAGCAAUCUCUUCGCUCCGUUGGCCAACAAAAGAUGCUCUUUGCACGAGAUUCGCGACUGAGCUUGUCCUUAGACGCGGUGCAGUUGCACAAGUCACAGUCACCAUCACUCCCGGACCGGACCGCACGAAAGAAGUCUCCGAAGCGAAGCCCUUGCAAGCUUCAAGCCCCCAUCCAAAUCGAUAG